UAUAUUUAUGUUUUUAGAUAUAAAAUAGUAAAAAAUUGAACAAUAAUUAAUUGAUUAACUAUAAAUAUUAACAAGGUAAUAAAUUGUAGCAGUUCAAUAUGGCAUCUCAAAUUUUAAAACCAAAAACACAGCGUGGAAAGCGUUUUCUUCUGCAAAGAGAAGCAAAAUUAGAAGAGAAUACAAAAAAAGUGAUGUUGAUACGUGGUGGCAGAACAAGCGAAAUAGUUACUCAAGCAAUGAAAGAUAUAUACAUUCUAAAAAAACCCAAUUCGUCAAUGUUUCACAGGAAAAAUAUCAUGCGUCCAUUUGAAGACCAGAUGUCAUUAGAGUUUUUUGCCCAAAAAACAGAUUCUUCGCUUAUGGUUUUUGGUUCAAAUUCUAAGAAAAGACCUCACAACUUGAUAAUAGGUUCUUUUUAUGAUUAUCAUAUUCUUGAUAUGGUGGAGUUAGGUAUUGAUAAAUAUACCCCAAUAUCAAAGUUUAAGGCUGAUAAAAUUCCAUCCGGUACUAAACCCUGUAUAUUGUUCUCUGGAGAAGAGUUUGAAAAUAAUUUGGAAUUUAAAAGGUUAAAAACACUACUGAUUGAUUUUUGGAGAGGAGAAAAAGCUGAAAAUAUUCGUUUGAAAGGCCUUGAGCAUGUUAUACAGUUCACUGCUGACCAUGGAAAAAUUUAUUUUCGUAGCUACAGAGUUUCAUUUAAAAAAUCAGGCUUAAAAACACCUAGAGUUGAGUUAGAAGAGAUAGGUCCUUCAAUUGACUUUACACUUAGGAGAACACGACUAGCGGCUGAAUCAGUUUACAAAGAAACAUUAAGGAAACCUAAGGCAUUAAAGAAAAAGAAAGUAAAAAAUGUUGAACAUGACACAUUUGGUACAAAAACUGGUAGAAUUCAUAUGCAAAAACAAGAUCUUAACAAACUACAAACCAGAAAAAUGAAAGGACUGAAGUCAAGUGAAAAGCUAAAAGAAAAUAAAUUACAGACAAAAAAAAUGAACGGGAUAAAACGGAGUGCUAAUCUAACUGAAGACUACCAACCCAAAAAGCCUAAAACUAAUAAAACAGAAUAAAUUUAGUCAUAA